AUGCGCUACGCUGUCCUCGUCACUGGCCCUGCUGGUGCCGGCAAAUCUACGUUCUCCAACGCCCUCCUCACGCAUUUGCAAACCUCGAAACGCACCGCCCACCUGGUCAACCUCGACCCCGCCGCCGAGGCAGAUUCCUUCGAGUACGAACCCGCUAUCGACAUCAAGGACCUCAUAAGUCUGCAGGAUGCCAUGUCUGAGCUAGGAUAUGGUCCAAACGGCGGGCUGGUGUACUGCUUUGAAUAUUUGCUGCAGAACAUGGAUUGGCUAGAGGAAGAGCUCGGCGGGUACGACGACGACUACCUCGUCAUUGACUGCCCAGGCCAAAUCGAACUAUACACUCAUCAUCCUUUCCUCCCGACCCUUGUCCGCAACCUCCAGCGCUUGGGCCUGCGCACAUGCGCGGCGUACCUCAUCGAGUCGCAGUUCAUGGAAGACAAAUACAAGUUCUUCAGUGGCGUGCUCUCCGCGAUGUCAGCAAUGGUCAACCUCGAGAUCCCCUGGAUCAACGUGAUGUCGAAGAUGGAUCUCGUUACCAGCAGCGACAACGAUGCCGCGAGCGGUCGGAAUGGCAUUCGUACGCGGAAGGACAUAGCGAGAUUCCUGGAUCCGGACCCGCUCCUCCUAGUCUCCGCGCCGGGGAGCCGCGAGGAACGCACAGAACGUAACUCGCGCUUCCACGCGCUGAACCAAGCCAUCGUACAACUCAUCGAGGACCACCCGCUCGUAUCGUUCCUGCCGCUCGACCUCACGAACCCAGACUCGAUAGACACAGUGCUGAGCCACAUCGACUACACGAUGCAGUAUGGAGAAGACGAGGAGCCGAAGGAGCCCCAUGACCUCGAUGAGGGUGACUUCGCGGACAUGGAGUAG